AUUUUUGUACUCCUCUGUUAGUAUCCAAAUUUCUCUUUCACUUGGAACAGCACACGAACAGAAAAACAAAAACAAAGUUCCAAUCUUUCACAUCUUCUCUGAGCAAAAAAAAAAAAAAUUUCUUUCACAUCUUCUAAAUCUGUCUGGUAACACAACAUAAGGUUUUCAGGCUGAAUUUGUUUGCUUCCCGAGAAAAAUUUCAACACCACCAAACCCAACAUGGGAAACAGCGGCAGCAGAAGCAACGGCGCCCGCCGGCGACAUGGGGCCCGCCAAAACCAUCCGUCUCCGCCGCCUCCCGCGCCACCUCAGCCCGAAAUCUCUCCAAACCGAUACGUAUUCGCCGCGGCUACCCCGUAUCCGACUCAGUACCAGAACCAUAAUCCGAACCCGAACCCGAACCCGCCACAGUACUACCCGGGCUACUACCCGCCGCCGCCUAUGCCGAUGCCUUUGCCUGCUCCGUACGAUCAUCACCACCGUGUGCCCCACCCGCAUAUGGACCCGGCCCAUCCAAAUUGGGCCGGGGGCCGGUACCGGUGCGGUCCUGUAAUGCAGGCUCCGACGCCGUAUGUCGAGCAUCAGAAGGCGGUUACUAUAAGGAACGAUGUGAAUCUGAAGAAGGAAUCUCUCAAGGUCGAGCCCGAUGAGGAAAACCCUGGAAGCGUCCUUGUCUCUUUUACUUUUGAUGCCACGGUUGCUGGGAGCAUCACCAUUAUCUUCUUUGCGAAAGAAAGUGAGGACUGUAACCUGACACCAACAAAGUCUAACCUUCCACCUGUGACGGUACAUUUUCAACAAGGUCUCGGCCAGAAGUUCAGACAGCCCUCUGGAACUGGAAUUAAUUUCUCAAUGUUUGAGGAGACAGAAUUACUGAAAGUAACGGACUUGGAUAUCUAUCCCAUAGCUGUAAAGGCAGAGGCAUCCUCACCUAACCAGGAUGGGUCAGAGGGAAACCCUGUAUCUGUGACAACGAACUCCCAGAUAACUCAGGCCAUAUUUGAGAGGGAGAAAGGUGAAUUCCAGGUGAGGGUUGUCAAGCAGAUUCUUUGGGUGAAUGGGAUGAGGUAUGAACUACAGGAGAUAUAUGGCAUUGGUAAUUCAGUUGAGGGUGACUUGGACGGGAAUGACCCAGGAAAAGAAUGUGUCAUUUGCCUGUCUGAACCACGGGACACAACUGUUCUUCCAUGCAGACACAUGUGCAUGUGCAGUGGGUGUGCCAAGGUUUUGAGAUUCCAGACAAACCGUUGCCCAAUUUGCCGACAACCAGUUGAGAGGCUUUUGGAGAUAAAGGUCAACAAUGGUCUGGAGGAAUGAGAGGAUGUGUUCUGCCACUAGCAUUAUGUAUGGUUAAUGGCACCCUCCUUCCACACCCCCUCCUUUCUUCCUCCUCAUUUAUUUUUCAAGAAUCAAAAAGGCAAGUUAUAUGCUGUAUGAAGUGUCAAGUGGCAAUGCUUCAUAAAUAUACAUGUUCUACAUUUGGUUUGCUUCUACUGUUGUAAUUAUUUCUUUCAAGAAAGGUUAAUGUAGAUAAUCAUUUGCAGUAUUUGGCACAAAUUUUCCAGUUCCAACUGGGCAAAGAGAAGUAUAAGACCUAGUUUUUUUCUUGUCCA